AACGAUGCGGUGACUGGUGCCGAUGGGUGGCUCGCGAAGUUCACUUCACCGUCGAACGCGCUAACGAGAGGCUUGUGUAAAGUGAGUGUAAAUCAUGAAGUAGCCGCCAGACAGCGAAGUUUCCUUGUGUGCUGGACCACGGCUGAAUCGUGUGGGCGUAGAAUGUGCGUCUUCGCAGGGUUUGUGAAGGUGCGAUCGCCUCUGCAAAGUGCCGUCGCCUGUGGAUUGGAGCGCAUCAUGCUCGCUGGAGUACGACGGUAGUUGAUAACUAAACUACGGGUCCGACACUUAGAUGUGCGUUGAACAAGUGCCGAUCAUGUUCCUGAAACUUCCGCCGAGUGAAAAGCUACGAAACAACAACAGUUGACUCAUCGUGCUUUCCAUGUUGACAGCUAGCGUGUCGUGUACGUGCGAAGUUCCCGAGCCCACGAGUGUUGAUGGUGCUUGCGUGCGUGUUGUGAAAGUGCGCGAUGCCAAAACGGAAGCUGAAAUGGAUUUUACUGUUUGCGAUCACUUGGGUCGGAGGUGUGGGUUAUUACCUUUUUUGGAGCGGCCGUCGCAGCGCGUCUGAAGACAGCAACGAGGCCCUCCGCCUGAAGCCGUCCGCAGCCGCGGCCCUCCGCCAGUCCUCCUCGCAGCUGCCAAACUCAAGCCGGCAGCUCUCGUGGCGCUACUUCGACGAGAAGGGAUACGUGUCGGUGUCGCGGGUCAAGCCGGGAGUGGACCCCUAUGAGCGGCACAAGUUCAACCAGGAGGCGAGCGACGCGCUGCCCAGCAACCGUGCCAUCCCAGACACCCGACACCCUCAGUGCAUACCCGAAGGCAGCUUGCAGCCGGGAGAGAAACUGCCACCAACGAGCGUCAUCAUAACAUUUCACAACGAAGCCCGCUCCGCACUCCUCCGCACAAUUGUCAGUGUCCUCAAUCGAAGCCCUCCGGAACUGAUUGAAGAGAUCAUUCUUGUAGAUGAUUUCAGUGAUGAUUCAUCGGAUGGCAAAGAAUUGGCAGCUAUACAGAAAGUACGCCUGGUGCGAAACAGUAAAAGAGAAGGCCUGGUGCGCAGUCGAGUGCGUGGGGCCCAUGAGGCACGGGCACCAGUGCUCACCUUCUUGGACAGCCACUGCGAAUGUAACCAGGGCUGGUUGCCACCACUGCUGAGGCGUGUCAAGGAGGAUCCACGUCGCAUUGUCUGUCCCGUCAUUGAUGUCAUCAACCUCAACUCCUUUAAAUACUUUGGCGCGUCUUCUGACCUGCGUGGUGGCUUUGACUGGAACCUGGUGUUCAAGUGGGAGUUCCUUUCAAGCAAAGAGCGUGAAGAGAGGGCAAAUCAUCCAACACUACCCAUCAGGACGCCCAUGAUAGCAGGCGGCCUGUUCGUUGUGGACAAGGCCAACUUCGAGCAGCUGGGCACUUACGACACAGCCAUGGACAUUUGGGGUGGUGAAAAUCUCGAGCUCUCCUUCCGCGUCUGGCAGUGUGGAGGCAGCCUGGAAAUCCUGCCUUGCAGCCGCGUAGGCCACGUCUUCCGCAAGCAGCACCCGUACUCUUUUCCAGGGGGCAGCGGCAAUGUCUUUGCUCGAAAUACUCGUCGUGCUGCUGAAGUCUGGAUGGACGACUUCAAGAAGUACUACUAUGCCAUGGUGCCUGUUGCUCGCAAUGUCCCCAUGGGAAGCAUUGAAGAGCGGCUGAACCUACGCAAGCGUUUGGGAUGCCAGUCUUUCCAGUGGUACCUAGACAACGUGUUUCCCGAACUGAAGGUGCCAGCGGCUGGGGGCGAGCGACUGGCAUCUCUGCGGCAGGGAUCGCUGUGCCUGGACACCCUCGGCGGAAGCGAGGGCUCUCCGGUGGGCCUGUUUGCGUGUCACGGUGCCGGAGGCAACCAGCACUGGAGCCUCGCCUCGCGCCUUAUCGCCCAUGGAGGCCUUUGCGUCACGCUUGACGAGGAGCAGGGCGGGUCGCUGCUGCUUCGACCCUGUGGCGGACACCCCUCUCAGAGGUGGCUGUGGCUGGAUCACAAGCUUCAGCAGCCCGGUGGCAAGCUGUGCCUGGAUGGCAGCAAUGGACGUCUCACGGCACAGCCAUGCCGCCGCACUGCCCACUCGCAGCGGUGGACGCUGUCCACCUGAGCGACCUCCUAGGCUGAACGUGGCUGUUACUUAAGGAACACUUGAAACAGUGGUUGUGACGGAUGUGUCGCGAGCGAUUAUCGCAACUGUCACCGUGGGAAUGGUGGGUAGUACAUGGACUUGCCUAGUCUUCGUGCUUUUGGCUUCGAACGCAAUUGUGGCUUUGUUUAUCGGUGUGUUCUAGCUUUUGUUUCAUAUAACGAACGGCUUGUUGUGAAACUUGCGAGCCGAUUUGAAUUGGUCAGCAUAAAAGGGCCAAGGUGGUUAAGCGGGACUGCUGAACUUCGUCUUUGGACAAAGCGGCCGCAGGCCGCACUGAGCCAUACGAAGCUGAAAGUACGAAGCUUAGGCAAAUCCAUGUACUACCCAUCAUUUCCAUGCUGGCUGAAGCGUCACGCGUUGCAGCACCCAUGGACACCAGCGCCAGAUUUCCCUCUAGUGUACUAUUACGAAACUCUAUGCCACAGAACAACAUUAUAGCGACGCCACAUCCGACACAAAAGUAUCCUUGUUACACAGAUAUAUUCGUUAUAACCAUACGAUUCGCUGCAUGCUGGUAUUGGCAAGAAACAAUAUUGGAUUUCAUUAGCGAGAUUGUGCGAGUGUACCAUGUUUUCCUGUGUAUACGUUCCACUUGAUGUUGUCAAAGAAGUGUGCUUUUAGUACAGUGAUGCAACAAUAACAGGUAAAUUACUGUAGCAGUGCAAGCAACAACAUAAGAUACCAGUGCAUGCCCAUGACACUGUAUACAAAUACACGCACACACAGUUGCAUGCAUAUCUAUGCCUGUGGCUGUUGCCUACCAGAAUGUUUUGCGAUGCCAUACAAAUCAAGCCCAUAUUUCAUUUGUUGACUCCGUUAGAGAAAAGAUCAAACCUUUCUUUUACGAGCCUGCUGGGAGCUGUGCAGGAUGUCAGCCCAGUGUGGGCUACCUUAAUUUAAGCAGAGGAAAAUGAAGGGUCUCAUAGGUUGAGCUUAAGUAAAGAAGAAUGGUAUAACAGGCUGACAUUAAUGCUACUUGAGUGCACCAACCAUGAUUACGAUUCCACACUUCCAGCAAACACGGUUACCUCUUACGCCGAUUGUCCACAGGACAAGCUUGUAGAUUUUUUUCAAAAAGGAGUGCAUGAUGGUCUGUUGUAUGCUUCACCUGUGGCGUCACACUGUAUGACCUCUCAGGUUAUGCAGAAGUCUUAAGUUGUCCAUUGCUGUAUACGUAGACAAAUACAAGCAGAACCAUUUAAAUUCCGAAAUGAUUUGCGAUCCUGCCGUUUAAACAGGCUAAAUUUUUCUACAGUGCAUCAGUAGAAGAGGAUGAAGAACAUAAUUUAGUGCAAUGUCACACCCACAAAAAACACACAUCUGCGAAUGCACAUGUAAACAUGACACAACAUGCAUACGUUCUUUAUGCGCGAUUAUAUUUGUGUUGUUGUAUUAUGUUAUGUCCUUUAGCUAGUACCAGUUUAGCCCAGCAUGUUCUUUUGAUGGCUGUGGUAGGCUAGUACUGUGUCUCAUGCAUGUUUUUGGAGCCUUACAGUGUAAUUUCCUAAGAUUUAAUUUAUCAUUUCACAACGAUAUCGCAGUCACACAUAUUUUUGACGUUUAUUUCCACUGGCCAAAUGAAGACAGGCGCUCCUUGUGCAAACGUAGGUGCCAAUAUUUCUUUAAACUAAGCCUGCUUACAAGAUCAAUGUCUCAUAAAAAAAAAGUUCAGUUGCUGUGGCGGGGCAUCAGAUACCAUAUUUGGCUGUCAAUCAUGACACUGCAGACUUUUAUGCUAGCUGUCACGUUUUGGAUGUUACUUAUGUAAUCAGCACUGGAUGUGACAAGUAGUGACAUAAUCAAUUAAUUACUCAGUGGAUGUUUCCUGUUGCGAUAACUUGACCAAGUAUAGUUGCUGAGGCAGAAAACACUAAGAAAGUUUGCUUCAGCAACUUAUUAAGUGGGCCACAUGAAUUAUGUCAAUAGCAAAAGCUCUGUAUGCUUACAAGCACACUUACACGAGGUAUGAUCGGCAUUAGAUGGCUAAAUAGCAACUGUAUUUAAAUAUUACAGCCUGAAAAUGAAAUAUGGUUCUUUUCCAGCCGCGCUGUGAAAUAGCACUGAUCAAAACAUCAUUCUCGCGAGCAAAAUAGCAUGACGCUAACGACGUUUUUUUAAGCAGAGCUGAAUGUCACCUGAAGAAAGUGUUGAGUGUGUCUCAACAGAACUGCAUGAUAAAGAGAACGGUGCCAUUGCUACUCUUGCUUCAGUGACACUAUUAGUAUGCUUUUGUGAAGCAAAUAUGUUGCAUGCAUUUGGUCCAUCUGCUGUUGUCGCAAAUAUCUUUGUGGCUUUAGCUCAGGCAGAUGUUACUUGGUAAAGCUGGCAUGUUUCAUUGGGGAAUACGUUUGAGCACAGCCUUAUGCAAAGCUUUUCCUGCAGUGCUUGCCCAACCACUACAGUUUCUGGUGUUAAAGUUGUAAAAAGGUUAAGGGAGUACUGACACGAAAAUUUUAAGUUUUUUUUUUUUUAAUGUAAAAUGAAAGACAGAGUCCUCAAGAGCCUAGAAAAUGUACUUGUAAGCGUGAGUGCACCCUGAAAGGUUUUUGAAACUGCAUGUUUUUAAAAGCUAGUUUGGUACCUACUGUACUCCAACGUCACGACACGGUAUGAGCUUCUCGUCACGUGCUCACGCAAGAUACCGUGACAUUUCCACAGCCGCUCCGCUGCAUGGUUCCGUCGGUGACACACAAGCAGCCAUUUCGAAUGCUUUUGGUGAUGUACACGCAGCCAUAUUGUAUGUUUUGGUACCUAAUAUCAUAACUGGCCAUAAUGGUGCAUGAAGUCACCACAAUUGACACUGUAGCCUGACAUCAUACCAGUGUUGAUGUCAGUGGGUGCGCCAUGUGAAAAUUGACCUUAAUAGUACAAAAAGAAAAUAUCAGCAUCUACUGAGCUUCGCACUGCUCAGAGUGGUCUCUAUACACAGGAGAUUGCGUGACAGCCUAAACUAAGCUUUGAAAAUUAGUGUCAGUACCCCUUUAAACGUUGCUAUGGUUGUGCAAGUCAGCCUAGAAAUCAGGGGUGCAGUGUGGUGCGAUAUAUGCAUGUUGAACUAUGCGUUGCACUUUUUAGUUUCAGGGUGAAUGCAUCAAUUGCGAUGAAUUGAGCUUUGUUGCAAGUCCUGUAUUUCAAAAACGUUCAGUCAAGUGUAGUUAAGAGACAUAUCAUUUGGAAUGGUUGUCAGCUUGUCUAGCUCGAGGCGUACAACGAAAAAGUCAUACGGUCCCUUAUGCCAUUGCCUGAAACAACUGGAAGGUGAAGGCCAUCUUUUUCUUCUCAGUCGAUUGUAUUUAUCUCUCCCCGCCCCCCCCUUCUCCAAUGACAACGAUGUUAACUUGUCCUCGAGUAUAGUUGUACAUUUAUCUCAGCAUUCUCAUUUAGCUGCUCAGAUCGGAAUGUUGACUCUUUCAGGGUGCUUUAAUCCUUUGUGAUAUGUUGUCGGGCCCCUCCUGAUAACAGAACAUGGCCGCAGUGGUCCAUUGUCAGGCACUGCUGGACAAGCUCUUUCAUGGUUGGUCCACGCGUUUUCUCACUGCAUUAUGCACCAUCACUAAAGGAAUAAGUAAACUUGUUUUACUUCAGUUUUACGUAUUUUUUUAGUGUCGGACCGGAACGGAUGGAAGGGCAAUGAAGGUUUUGGACCGCAACGGUUUAACAGCGUUACAAGAUGUAAUGCCAAGAACAAAUUGUCAGGAACAACUCUAAAGGCCACAGAGUAGGUGGGAAUCUGGUCAUUAAAGGGCUCUUCAUGAGGUUCGAGCAUUGUGAAUGAACAAGUGUGGUGUAAAAAUGGUUGAAAUUUAAAACAAAGUGCUCCUUUCUAGAGGGAUGUGCUUUCAAAGAUGUCACACUCGAGAGGCGCUUCGUAGAUUGUCACUGACUAUGCCACGCGACUUGGGUUCAUACAAUGUCGAGCAUAGCCUCACCUGGCUAUGCCAAUGGCUCCCUUGCUUGUGGCAUUUGGAGGAUGUAGGGGACGUAUGCCGAUUGCAGACGCCAUCAUUUGGCUGCAGUUUUGGGUGAAACUUCGCCAGGGACAAAAGUAAUACGGUAGUUCAUCUGGAUGUUGUAGUUUGGUCAGUAGAAUGCACUAGAAGUUGCGGAAUGUGUCAAAGGCAGGUUCUUGUGCCGUACAAAGGUAAGACUGGCCGCACUCUUGGAAUUGUUUGUUUUUUUUUUGUGACCUGCUGUACCUAUUCAGUGGCUGUGCUGUUCCGUUGCCCGAGGUUGUUUGUCACGACAACCAUAGCAAGUGGUGCAAACAACUAUGCCUCAGUGCUGGUAUUCAGAAUGAGUUAACGAUAUAGUUCAGAGGACUAAAUUUUGUUCGCAGUAUACAAAAUAUAAAUGAUCAUUUACAGUGUUCAUCGCCAUCCAUUUUAGAAUAUGCAAGAAAAGGUGUUUACCUAUGUUUUUGCAAUUAGUAGAAGUACUAUACGAUACUUUUGGUUGUACUCACACGUAAGGCAGCAACGAACAACACUUGCAAGAAUGCACAAUUAGCCCCAUAUUUCAUUUGUUUUUUGUUUAACACAUUUUAGCUCACUGUUACAUUUUUAUAGGUGGUGGUUCACAGAUCACAAUGAACAUCAAGGUAUGUUGCUAUGAGAAGCACUUGUUAAUUAAUUAUUAUUAUUAUUACUACCAUUUUGCUCCUACGGUGAGACUGUAUUCGAGGACACCAUUGCUUUCCUGAACCAUUAUAUAAAGGGUAUGUUACGAUGGCAAAGGAAAAGCUGUCUACUAGAUCUGUAUCAUCACAUAUCAGUGUGUGUAAAUAUAUGUGUACUAUUGUGGAAGGAUGAAAUGUGUAUAAGUUAUGGUUAUGUUCAUUCCCACUUCUACUAUGCAUGAUGUCAGCACAAGUCCAGCUUGUACUAUUGCCGGUACCAUCUUUGAUGACUGAACAGCAGCACUACAAAACUGUACCAUUGCAUUAAUUAAAAAGUUUUACCUUGUCUGGUUAUACGUGACCCCAAGGUGCAAAUAGACUUGCAUCGGGAGAGUCUAAAUAGACUUACGCCUUGGGAGAGUUUAUUGACCUUGGGGUCACGUGACCCCAAGGUCAAUAGACUCUCCCAAGGUGCAAAUAGACUCCCUCAUGGGACUCGAAUGUCACAAGAGAGUCUAUUUGCACCUUGAGAUCACGUGAGCUUGGGGUCAUGUGACCAAGCAGAAACAUCACAUAUAAGGUCAUACCAAUGCCAUACAAUUUGAAUGAAAGGCAAGGUUCUACCUGGUGUUACAUAAGUAUAACUGUUUCACAAGUGUCAGUGGUUGGCCUGUUAAUGGGGGGCCAGUAACCUACACCAUGCCACUUCGUGGUUCUAUUUUGCCAGCAUCACUACUGCCAGGGCCAGGGUCAACAGCAACCUCUAUCAGUGACGUCACACGUGAUGUUUCUGCUCAGGUCACGUGACAUUGAGGCGCAAAUAGACUCUCCCUUUCUAAUAAGCAGCUGGAAAAACUUGUCACAAGAGGUCACUGCUUGUGUUGUUACCAAUCUACACCUCCCGUAACCCAGUGUAGACGAAGGGUAAGACAAGUCCAAAUUAUUUGUAAGCAGUGUUCUACUGCAUCAUUGUUCCAUUCAUCCAAGAUGGUACACUUUUGUUGCCAGCAUGCAAUUUUCUCAUUUUGUGUAGUCUCAGGAAAACGGCUGUAGCCUUCCAGUGUGGAAUGUAUGUCAAGACUGCUGUUUUAUAGAAACUUGCAGUGACCAUGUAGUAUGCCUGACUGCUGCCUUUGUGGUGAGCUUUUCUCCGCAUGUGUGUAUGUCGGGGGGCUGUGUGCCAAGUGGACUCUUGUCAUUAAAUGCAGCAUUUUCUUUCAUUAAUGCAGUCUUUCACAUGUUGUCCCUGAGUGCUUGAUACAUCUGCAACGCGCACAACACACAAACUUGGUUGC